UCAACCCAAGGAUACAUUCAUACCAAGUACCAACCAACCACAACCCACCACAUUGACGGCACCUUUAUGGCCGAACGCCAAACUCUACAUAAACAGCUCGAGCCCAUAGAAUCUAGCAUUCGCGUUGCAAAAGGAAAUCAAAAUCUCUCAACCGUUUCUCAAUCAACACUUGCGAAUCCCUUCCCCAACAAUGAUGUCAGUUGUCAAGAUAUGCAUUGUAGUAGUACUUUACAAUUAGCUUGGACAACAUCAAGGCGUUUAGCUGAUAGGAAGGUGAUGAAGUUUGAGAAGAACAUAGUCAAGAGAGGUGCAACUACUGAAACAAGUAAAAAGAAAGGCAAUUCGUAUCCUGUUGGCCCUCUGCUGCUUGGAUUCUUCAUAUUUGUUGUCAUCGGAUCAUGUGAGUUGUUUCCAUAA